AUGUCGACCUCCGAGUCCGACGAGCCGUUGCUCGACGACGAACAUCCAUUAGCUCUUGAACUCGUCAGCCUGCGCGCGGCGGUAGCAAGAUACCAGGAUGAGGCCCACGCCAACGCUGUCAAGCUUCAGCGGCACUCACUGGAAGCAUCACAUGCACUCUCUCGAACACGCGCCUUGGAAGUAGAAAACACAAGGCUCCUGGAAGAGAUUGCUACUCUGCGCGCGGAACCAGCGCCCGACAUCGCCGCGGCCAAUGCCACCCAUCAAGCCGCAGAAUUGACCCUUGCGCUGCGUUCUCUGUCCGACAAGCUUACCGCCACGGAGGCUACGCUCGCUGCACGGUCUGCUGAGCUUGCUAAGGCGAACAACGAGAUCCGGAAACACAGCCACGAAGUCCAUCGUGCCAAAGAAGAGGUCGCUAAGACGUAUGCGAUCAAGGCGGAGUACGAGGAACGUGAGCGUGAACUGGAGAGGCGGAUCUGGGCAGCGGAGGAAGAACGUAAUAUGGCGGACCUCGUCGUGCAGGAAUAUGCCGACCUCGUCAGAGAGCUGGAAGGCCGUCAUAAGAGCCCUGGUCACUCGCGCACGUCCUCAAGCGUCAGUUCAUCGAGCAUUGUCAGCGAAAAUCUGGUGCACGGCCUUGCAUCGAAUAGGCAAGGACUUCAGAGAUUGUUCUCGGAAUUCAGCGCGUCCUCCGAAGCGUUCGAAGCUGAGAUCACCCGACUCCAUGGCGAACUGGCGUCCCUGGCCGCCGAGCGCGAAGCGGAAAGACGUGCCUGGGAGGUGGAGCGCGCUCAUGCAGCUCAAACUGCGAUGGAACUUGAAAAGCUACGGAUCGACGACAAUACCGCCGCCAAAAUGGUUUCUCGCUACAUGAAAUUUUCCCAACAGACCACCUCUUCUCUCCAAGCCGCACUCGAAAAGCUCAAGAUUCGCCAUGCUGCCACCAUAUCUACUUAUGAGAGCCAGCUUGCCUCCCUGCAGCAUCUCCUGUCGUCAUCACAGUCGGAUGCCUCAAGGCUCCGAGAUGCAUUGGAUGAGCUGACUGGCGAGCUGGCGAAGGAGCGUUUUGGACGUCGGAGAGAGGUAGCCCUCAGGCUUGCGCUGUUGAGCAGGGAGGAGGCACUACAAGAAGGCCUCGCAAGGUGGAUCAGGGACGCAAAACAGAAACUCCAGAAAGCGGGUUGCGAUGACCCGGAAGACGUGAAGAAUGCGUGUCAGGCCAUGCUCAGUGCUGCCGGAAAACUCCAGGAAUGUGGUGGCGUGGACGGUGAUUUCCGAUUUGCGUCUACGGCAAGGAUCAUCGCUGCGGAGGGUGCGGUUAGGGCGUUGUCUUCCGAACUGAACGCGGAGACAGGAGCCAGAAUGGCGUUGGAGAGAAGGAUCGCCAGGUUGAGGACUGCGAACGGGAUCAGGGACUACGACGAUGAACCGCCGAGUGUUCCUCCAAAGAGUGCAUCAUUUCGACCGCAAAGCCAAGAGACAAAUGGACAUAUCAUUAUGCUACCGGACAACGGCCAGGACAUUGACAGACCGCCACAACACACGCAUGAACAACAGCCACAUCUGCACGACGACGUGACUCCGGAAGUGAUAGAAGAUCGCUCAGCAACGCCCUCGGCGCGAGGAGAUGUCCAGGUUUAUAUAUCCCCGAGUCUCGCAGCCGCACACACCGCAGGUGAUACUCAGUCAAUGGCACCCAGUGCGUCGGCACAUGCUCCUAGCUCGACAUCGCAACCGCUUUCCCGCGACGACAUUUCCAAUGAGCCCGUGCUACAUCCGGAGAUCCAGCAGCUGGAUAGCGUAGUCGCAGAAUCGGAGGAGUCUACCUCGCCCGAUGUGGGGCAGUCGUCGGCGUACCACGCGCCACCGGUUGAGGCUACGGCAUCAGAUCUUGAGGAGGUGCAGUCUCGUAAAGCCGAGCCGAGCCCGGGCGUGACGACGCGGACAUCCAGCAUCGCAUUCCCCACGGACGCCACAGAAUCAGCAACUCCGUUAUCGAUCGAAAACGACGCGUACCUCCCGGCCUUGCCAUCCGACGACGCAUCUACGGUGGCUGAGGAGGAAGCUGUCGCGAUGGUCACCCCGCAGCCCGCCAAGGGUGACGAUAUUCCGACUGCUGAUGGUGCUCAUGCCUCUAUCAUGGAGGUCACCAACGAGAACCCGCUUCUCGUCGACCUCCAACAGGUCAAGACACGCUAUGAUAGUAUGCAGCGGGCGUUCAGGGACUGCCAUCUCGCUCUCAAGGCUCUGCAGAGUGACAUAGGAGUCUCACAGGACGACACUGGGGCGUCGUCGAGCGCGCACUCCCUUGGGGCCAACCAGCAUCACGCUGUCCUGCGCGUUGCCAUAGAGAGGCUGAGCGACUUCACUGAGGAUGCCCGAGUGGAGCUCGAGAUCCGAAUUGCGGACGAAGAACGUAUGAUCAUGGGAUAUGAGACGCUGCUCAGUGUCCCCGGUGCGCUCUCUUCCGCCACUGACGAUGGAAUGGGAGACCUAGAGAAGGAUAUCCGACUCUUCGUCACCGGAGAAGACUCGGCGGUGCAGAAGGCUCUCAGAACGUUUGGCCGCAAACUUGAAGACGUGCAGCACGACAUCGCCUCUGUGAAACGUGCUUUACAUGAGGGGCCCGCGCACGAAGCAGAACAACCCUCGGCACCGCCGGAAAGCCCCAAGGCCACGACAUGGUCGUGGACAGGCGGCUUAUUCGGAACGUCGAGAUCGCCGAGCCCUGCACCAACCUUUGGCUCCGUCGUGACCCAGCCUCGUCUGCGACACCAGAACUCGUCCAAUCGGCUUUUCCCUCAAUAUCAGCGUCGCGCCAGCGCCGGGUUAGCUCCUAACACUGACUCAGAUCCAUUCGCUGAAAUUGGCUUGCGGGUGUCUAUGCCCUCGCAUGUGGCCUCCCUGGCACGUUCGGGCACUUCCCAGCCGUCGCCACAGUCGCGAACGAGGACGAUAUCCGGCAUGUACAUGUUAGGGCUCGGUUCGGGAAUUGGGUCCAGGAGCGCACUCCCCACGCCCUCGCAUGCCUCUGUUGUUCCGCCAUCCCCUACCCCGAGGAGGCAACAUAUACCCCUUAUAGCUACAUCGGACGAAGAGAGCGAGGACUCGGAAGACCAAAACGAUGUAGAAUAA